GCUAUAAAUAUCACAAUGGUCCUUCCUCAGAAUCCUGCUUUUCCUUUUUCAAUUUUAAUAUUUCUUUGUAGUGAGGCUUGAGAUUCCUGUUGCUGAAUCAAAAUGUUGGCCAUUUUUCACAAAGCUUUUGCUCAUCCCCCUGAAGAGUUGAACAGUCCUGCUUCUUACAAAGGUUCCAAGAAGCCUAAGGUUCCUGAAGAGACUCUCAAAGAUUUCCUUGCUCACCAUCCUCAGAACACUUGCUCUAUGAGCUUUGGUCAUGCUGCUGUGCUAGCUUAUGUCCGUCCUGAUCAACCUUUCUCUCGUAAUCAAAGGUUGUUUUGUGGGAUUGAUGACAUAUACUGUAUCUUCUUGGGGAGUUUGAACAAUUUGUCCUUACUGAUCAAGCAAUAUGGCUUGUCAAAGAACACUGAUGAGGCCAUGCUUGUGAUUGAAGCUUAUAAGACCCUCCGUGACAGGGGUCCAUACCCGGCAGAUCAAGUUGUCAAGGAACUUGAUGGCAGCUUUGCCUUUGUUGUGUAUGACAGCAAGGUUGGAAGUGUCUUUGCAGCACUGGGUUCUGAUGGGGGAGUGAAACUGUAUUGGGGUCUUGCAGCUGAUGGAUCUGUGGUGAUCUCUGAUGAUCUAGAAGUCAUAAAAGAGGGCUGUGCCAAAUCCUUUGCUCCCUUCCCAACAGGGUGUAUGUUUCAUAGUGAAGGAGGCUUGAUGAGCUUUGAGCAUCCAAUGAACAAGUUGAAGGCAAUGCCAAGAGUUGAUAGUGAAGGGGCCAUGUGUGGGGCCAAUUUCAAAGUUGAUAAGUUCUCCAGAGUCAACAGCAUUCCUCGAGUGGGAAGUCAAUCCAAUUGGAUGGAAUGGGACCAACAUUAGCAUAAAAUAAUCCUUAUGGAUAACAAUGUUUAAUAAAAGUGUCAUCUAUGGUCCAAUUCACCCUUCUGAAUCUGUUUUCUCUUCUUCUUGCUUGUGUUGUUUUCCUGUUUCCUUCCGGCAUGGUACAUAUUGAAGCGUUUUUUCAAACAUGUUAAGUGCUGACCGUGGUGCUUGUGUUGUCACUCACUGAGAUUAACAUGGUUCGGGUCAGGAACAUCUGUGUCAGUGUUUUAUUGCAUGUAGAUGUGCCAAGUAGGUCCUAGGAAUUGUAAUGUAACAUGGAUGAUAUGGUGUACAAAAUGGAUGAACAAGGACAAACUAUAGUUACUGCACUCAAUUUCUCAAUCUAAAGUGCUUCAACUGGUUGAAUGUCAAUUUAUCAUUCAUUUGAAAAA